AAGGUAUUAAUCGUUUAUUAUUAAUUUAGUAAACUACAUCAUUAGAAUUUUCAGACAUCAUUUCAAAGUUUUCUGAAAUCACAAAAGGGAAUUAUACUGUCCGAAAUUUCAUAUAAAAAGGAAAAUCCCAUUUCCAUAUUUUAAUAAAACAUAGUAAGAUCAUCUUUUUCUUUCCUGUCUUGGAUCCAUAGAAGCCAUCUCCGAUAUUUUUUUUUAAAAAAGGUUAUAAAUCAAGUUUGUAAUAUUUUGCGGCUUCUUUGCUGAAGAGCUUUAAGUUAUAUACGUUUCUUCUGGCAUUCUUGAGUUCUACUUUGACAGAGGGAACCCAGGGGAAUGCUGCAUGAUGUGCCUGAAUGCUCAGAAUUCAAACUCUGAAGCCUUUAAGUCUUUGGCUUUGCUAGACCUGCCUUUCUUUGUACUUGAUGAGACUGGAUUCAAAAAUUGUACUUCAUUAUUCAAUUCUUCUGCUGAAAACCAAUAUGAGCCUACAGCUUGCUAUGAAUUUCCUGUUGUGUUAAUGCAUGAUCUUUGUGAAGACGGUUGAGUUGCUUCUUCUCUGUUUAGAUCUGUGUGCUUUGUAUUUUACUUAUAGCAUAUUGGUGAGAGACUAUACUAAGAAUUAGUGGAUUAGCAUUAUUGGCUUGGGAUGGAUCAUAAAUCAAGUGUCUUGACACAAAAGUAUGAGACAGGGAGAUUGCUUGGCCAAGGCACUUUUGCAAAAGUUUAUUAUGCGAGGAGUAUAAGAACGAACCAGAGCGUGGCCAUUAAGGUAAUUGACAAAGAGAAGAUUUUGAGAGUAGGGCUUGUUGAGCAGAUCAAGAGGGAGAUAUCUGUGAUGAGAAUUGUUAGACACCCAAAUGUUGUGCAGCUUUAUGAGGUCUUGGCCACCAAAAGUAAGAUUUAUUUUGUAAUGGAAUAUUGUAAGGGUGGUGAACUUUUUAACAAGGUUGCUAAAGGAAAGUUAAAGGAGGAAGCUGCACGCAAAUAUUUCCAACAGUUGAUCAAUGCAGUUGAUUUCUGCCAUAGUAGAGGUGUUUAUCAUCGGGAUAUAAAGCCGGAAAACCUAUUAUUGGAUGAGAAUGAGAAUCUAAAGAUAACUGAUUUUGGGUUAAGUGCCCUUGCUGACUGCAAACACCAAGAUGGACUACUCCAUACAACUUGUGGGACACCUGCAUAUGUUGCUCCUGAAGUGAUCAACCGAAGAGGCUAUGAUGGUGCGAAAGCUGAUAUAUGGUCAUGUGGGGUGGUUUUGUACGUGCUACUAGCAGGCUAUCUGCCUUUUCAUGAUUCAAACUUGAUGGAGAUGUACAGAAAAAUUGGUAGAGCCGAGUUCAAAUGCCCUAAUUGGUUUCCGCAAGAUGCUCGUAGGUUGGUGUUUAAGAUGCUGGAUCCAAACCCCAAUACUAGGAUUUCCAUUGCCAAAAUAAAGGAAAGUUCUUGGUUUAAAAAAGGAUUGAACUCUAAACAGAACAAAACAGAAGCAGAAACCAGGGAUAUAAGUCAUUUGGAGAGGAAUCGUUCCGGUCCUUCUGAGAUUAACAGUGUGUCUUCUGAGGCAAAACAGGAGUCUGUCAACCCACCUAAGCUAAAUGCUUUUGAUAUCAUUUCUCUUUCUGCUGGGUUUGAUCUCUCUGGAUUGUUUGAUGAAAAUCCUCAACUGAGAGAAGCAAGAUUUACUUCUAUGCAGCCUGCGUCAGUCAUCAUAUCUAAACUGGAAGAGAUAGCUAAGCGUCUAAGGCUGAAGAUCACGAAGAAGGAUGCAGGUUUGUUGAAAAUGGAAGCUCUAGAGGAAGGUAGAAAGGGGCUCUUGUCCAUUGAUGCCGAGAUCUUUGAAGUCACUCCAAAUUUUCAUUUGGUCGAGGUGAAGAAAUCUAAUGGAGAUUUGUAUGAAUAUCAGAAGAUAUUGAAAGAUGAUAUACAGCCUGCUCUCCAUGAUAUUGUUUGUGUUUGGCAGGAUGAGCAACAGCAGCAGCCAGAACCACAGCAACAGCAAGAAUUAUACCAGCAGCUGGAGCACUGACAAUAGUAUAUUAACAGCGGCAUGUUGCUACUUAAGUAACUCUCCGAAUGCAAUUAUCUUGUUUGUGUGUAUUGAUUUCAUGAGCCACCGUUUUUAACUUCUACUUUUAUUGUUAUGAGUAUUAGAUCCAACCUUAAUGAAUUUGCUCAUGUUUAUUGUGGUGUAACAAUAACAUACUGUUAGAGCACUUGUCUUCAGUUUCUGAAAUUUCACUUCCAUUCAUUUUCUUACUA